ACCGUCGCGGCCAUCAACCACAAUCCUCACCCUCACCAUCCUUGUGUUCAGUUAGCCAUUUGAAGUACACCAUACUACCCAUUUAUGGUCUGUGUUCAAUGGCCAUGUAUUCUAGCUACUACCCGCUACCCAUCCCUGCCAGCGGUCUGCACUCCCCACCACCAAUGUCGCCGAAGAAGCUUUCCUGUUGCUAUCCACAGUCUAAGCAGGCCAAUUCGGAAAACGCUUGUGAUGAGAAAGAGACAGGCAAAGACGCGUCUGGUUCUGGUUUCACCAAGCAUGAUGACCUUUGGUUUUGCGAUGGAUCGGUUGUUCUACGGGCUGAAAACACCAUAUUCCGAGUCCACAAAUCACAGUUGUCUCGCCAUUCAGCAUUUUUUCAUGAUUUAUUCUCUCUCCCCCAGCCACAUCACGAGAAAUCCAAUGAACAAUCCCGAGCCAUUAUUGAUCGCAACUCCUCUUCUUCUCGAAGCAGCGCUGUCCUCGAAGUCGAUUCUGAGAAUGAAAUUGAAGGGUGCCCUGUUAUUUAUCUGCACGACAGCGCGGAGGAUGUAGAGAAUCUGCUCACAGCCCUCUAUGAUGGACCAGACUUUGGUAAUAACGACCACACCGACUUUCGUACUGUAUCUGGUAUCCUUCGCCUUUCAACGAAGUAUCUUGUGGAUACGUUGCGUACCAAGUCUCUCUCACACCUCAGCACUGCUUGGCCAUCAACGCUCAAGAUGUGGGAUGCUCGCGAGGACGUCGCACGUGCUCACGAACUAACUACUGGUCUUGGCGUCGCGCAUCUUUAUCCUUCACCAAUUGCUGUGAUCAAUCUCGCUCGCGAAGUGAAUGAGCCUAGUCUGCUCCCUUCUGCGUUCUACGACCUCUCCCGCUAUCACUAUACUCAGAUCUUUGAACCAAACGAAGAGGACGAAGGACCGUCUCACAGUUCCCGUGGCGCUAUCGUGACCCCGCUUCCACUUUCUGGCCCUGACAUGCAGAAGCUCAUGCUCGGUAAAGAGGCCACGCAAAAUGCAAUCACAUCGCUCAUUCAGUCCAUGGGCACAUCGUCCACUCUUUUACACCUCCCCUAUUCACCCUCCCAGCACACACACGCUCACUCCCAUCGUGCAUGUCGUAGAGACUUUUCAGAGCUCGUAGCGCUCGCAACGCAGCACUACCUCUUUGACCGCGAACGGGGAUGCACAGAUCCGCUAUAUGUCGCGGAUGAGCUAGGACAGCUGAAGAGUGCUGAAUUUUCUGAAUGUGAGGCUUGUGCGAGGGCGCUGGAGAUGUGGGCUGCAAGGGAGAGGGAAAGGAUGUGGAAGAUGAUUCCUCUCUGGUUUCGGUUGGAGAUCUGAUGGGGGUCGGGGUACAGCUACACUAGUAUGGGUGGACUUAUCAUACAUUCACUGAGAGUAUUUUCCAUGCACAGCUCUGUAUUAGUAUUAAUAUUAUUAUUGCUACAUGUACUUUAGCAUGCCACCGCAACCUACUAGCAUACUGGUUUACUCCCAACAAA